UGUGCCCAAUUGGCCUGGCGCGCAGCGCUUGCGAGCGCAGUUACAGCCUGUCUCCUGCCGGCGAAGCCUCAACAGUCCCAGAUUUCCGCGCCCCAAAUCCUUGAAGCCCCCCAAAUUCUCCGUGGGCUCCGAGGACUUCGGAACCCCAGCAGCUGCAGCUCUCCACUCUCCGAGGUCCAGCACCCCGAAGUCUGCUCUCGCACUAUGCAGCUAAACAGGUUCUUUUCCGGUCCUGGUCUGUUUUUGCUGCUAUUUAGCAGUCUCUGUGUCGAGGCUGAAGUUAAAGAAGUCAAUGCAAUGGUGGGGAGCGAUGUGGAGCUCCGCUGCGUUUAUCCUCGGAGAAGCAAUUUCAGCUUGGAUGAUCUGUAUGUCUACUGGCAAAUCGUCGAUGAAGCUAAAACUGUGGUGACGUAUUACCUGCCCAGUGCUAACGAGUCUUCGACAAUCCAUGUGAGCAACUCCUACAAGAACAGGGCCCAUCUGUCACCGGACCUCAUGAAGGAGGGCGACUUCUCCCUGCACCUGGAGAAUGUCACCCCUCAGGAUACCCAGGAGUUCAAGUGCUUGGUCUUUAGGAUGUCCACAGUGUUGGGCAAGGCCUUGGAAGAGGUGGUCAGACUGCGUGUGGCAGCAAACUUCAGUACGCCUGUCAUCAGCACCUCUGGCAGCUCUGAUCCUGGCCAGGAACGCACCUUCACUUGCAUGUCCAAGAAUGGCUACCCAGAGCCCAACCUGUAUUGGAUCAACAGGACGGACAAUACCCAAAUAGACGAGACUCUGCAGAACAACACUGUCUACUUGAACGAGUUGGGCCUGUAUGACGUCGUCAGCACACUGAGGAUCCCUUGGACACCCCAUGUGGAUGUUAUCUGCUGUGUAGAGAAUGUGGCUCUCCACCAGAACAUUACUAGUAUCAGCCGGGCAGAUAGUUUCACUGGAAGCAUGAACACAGAGAGGCCACAGGAAAUCCACAGAGAGGAUACAAAGGUCCUUUUCUGCGUCCUAGCUGCACUUCUGGCGGUAGUGGUUGUCAUUUUCAUCAUCGUGCUGUACAGAUGCAGGCGUCGUCCCUGCCAGAGCUAUACAGGACCCAGGGCUGUACAGCUUGAACUCACAGAUGGUUCCGCAAAGUUGGCUGCGUGGAAACAUAGGUGUGCACAAGCUCCAGGUUGACGCAGUAGGCAGCAUGGACUCACCAAUGGG